AUGUCACGUACAGCAGCACCACCAUCCAAAAUAACGGCUCAUUCAACAUCGAUCCUAUGUCAAGAUACCGACCUGCGGGGUGAUAUAACCAUAAGUGAAGGAUGUGUGGUACAUCCCAAGGCCACGAUAUUGGCAUUGGGAGGGGCUAUCGUAAUAGGAAAGAAUUGUGUGAUAGAGGAAGGUACGAUCAUCGUCAACCGGAAUAAAGAUAUCAUGAGCAUAGGUGAUAAUAAUCAUUUCAUGGUUGGUUGUCGUAUAGAAGCGAUAUCAAUAGGAAAUUGGAAUACGUUCCAACCCCGUUCAACCGUAUCUUCAAACAUCAUCAUAGCAAAUCGUUGUACCUUUAGCGCAGGAACUACUCUUCUUCCUUCACCUACCCUCCCAGAAAGUGAGGUAGAAACGAUCCCACCUUACACCGUGAUAUACGGUGAAAAUUCGGAGAGGAGGAAAUGGGAUGGGACGGGACAAUCGACAGAACAGAAUUUGAGAGAAAAACAUAUCGAAUACUUGAGAGAGAUCGUGCCAAAGUGA